AAAUAUUAUCAAGACGAUCAUUUCCCUAUUUGGGUCGUAAUCGGAAAUGAUCAAGAUGAUCAUUUCCCUAUUUGGGUCGUAAUCGAAAAUGAUCAAGAUGAUCAUUUCCCUAUUUUGGGUCGUAAUCGGAAAUGA